AUGGCCUCCCAUCUGGAACCCCCCUCCCAUCUGGAACCUCCCCUCCCCAUCUGGAACCUCCCCCCCAUCUGGAACCUCCCUCCCAUCUGGAACCUCCCUCCCAUCUUGAACCCCCUUCUGAUGGAACCUAUGACCCAUCUGGCCCCCUUCCCAUCUGGAACCUCCCGCCCAUCUGAACCUCCCUCCCAUCUGGAAGUCCCCCAUCUGGAACCUCCCCCAUCUGGAACCUCCCCCAUCUGGGAGUCCCUCCCAUCUGGAACCCCCUCCCAUGGCCUCCUUAUCUGGGAGUCACCCCAUCUGGAACAUGGCCCCCCAUCUGGAACCUCACCGCAUCUGGAACCUCCACCAUCUGGAACCUCCCCCAUCUGGAACCUCACCCCAUCUGGAACCUCCCCCAUCUGGAACCUGGCCUCCCAUCUGGAGUCCCUCCCCAUCUGGAACCUCCCCCAUCUGGAACCUCCCCCAUCUGGAACCUCACCCGCAUCUGGAACCUCCACCAUCUGGAACCUCACCCCCAUCUGGAACCUCCACCAUCUGGAACCUCCACCCAUCUGGAACCUCCCCCAUCUGGAACCUCCUCCCAUCUGGAACCCCCUCCCCAUCUGGAACCUCCCCCAUCUGGAACCAGGUUGCAUCUGGAACCUCCACCAUCUGGAACCUCCCCCCAUCUGGAACCUCCCCCCAUCUGGAACCUCCUCCCAUCUGGAACCCCCCCCCAUCUGGAACCUCCCCCCAUCUGGAACCUCACCCGCAUCUGGAACCUCCACCAUCUGGAACCUCCCCCCAUCUGGAACCUCCCCCCAUCUGGAACCUCCUCCCAUCUGGAACCCCCCUCCCCAUCUGGAACCUCCUCCCAUCUGGAACCCCCCUCCCCAUCUGGAACCUCCCCCCAUCUGGAACCUCCCCCCAUCUGGAACCUCCACCAUCUGGAACCUCCCCCAUCUGGAACCUCCCCCAUCUGGAACCCCCACCCCAUCUGGAACCUCCUCCCAUCUGGAACCCCCCCCCCAUCUGGAACCCCCCCCAUCUGGAACCUCACCACCAUCUGGAACCUCCCCCCAUCUGGAACCUCCUCCAUCUGGAACCCCCCUUCCCAUCUGGAACCUCCUCCCAUCUGGAACCCCCCUCCCCAUCUGGAACCCUCCCCCCAUCUGGAACCUCACCCCAUCUGGAACCUCCCCCAUCUGGAACCUCCCCCAUCUGGAACCUCCCCCCAUCUGGAACCCCCCCCCAUCUGGAACCUCCUCCCAUCUGGAACCCCCCUCCCCAUCUGGAACCUCCCCCCAUCUGGAACCCCCCUCCCCAUCUGGAACCUCCCCCAUCUGGAACCUCCUCCAUCUGGAACCUCCCCCAUCUGGAACCUCCCCCCAUCUGGAACCUCCCCCCAUCUGGAACCUCCACCAUCUGGAACCUCCCACCAUCUGGAACCUCUGGCUAUACGUGAUAAAGUGA